ACGUGGCCUCACCCAACCAGAGGGGAUUUCCGGCGACUCUCCAGCCGGCCUUUCAAGGAAAAUGAAAGUGAAAGGGAGAAGUGGAGGUUUCAGAGCUGAGCAGAUCGCUGCGCCAUGAAGCCCCUGUCUCUGCUCCUCUCCGUGGCUUUGGGCUUGGUGACCGCCGUCUCGGCGGGACCCGCGGUGAUAGAGUGCUGGAUGGUGGAGGACGCGGGCGGGGGCCGCCUGACCAAGAAACCCGCCGCACUGCUGCUGCGCCAGGGCCCAGGGAGACUACCUCCCCGGCCGGACCUCGAACCCGAGCUCUACCUCAAAGUGCGCGACCCCGCGGGAGCCCUGCAGGCUGCCUUCAGGCGGUACCCCUCGGACGCCCCUGCACCACACUGCGAGAUGAGCCGCUACCUCCCGCUCCCUGCCUCAGCGAAUUGGGCCAGUGGCUUGACCCCGGAGCAGAGCUGCCCUCGGGCCCUGGAUGGGACUUGGCUCAUGGUCAGCGUGUCCAGCCCGAUCUUAAGUCUCUCCAGCUUCCUGAGACCAGAGUCCGAGCCUCAGCCGGAACCUAAUCUCAUCACCAUGGUAACAGCUGUGCUGACUGUCCUCACCCACACCCCCACCCCUCGGAUCCGACUGGGACAAGAUGCUCUGCUGGACUUGAAGUUUGCCUACAUGCCCCCCACCUCUGAGGCCGCUACAUCUCUGGCCCCAGGUCCCCCUCCCUUUGGGCUGGAGUGGCGACGCCAGCACCUGGGCAAAGGGCACCUACUCCUGGCUGCAACGCCUGGGCUGAGUGAGCAAAUGCCACCUGCCCAAGAGGGGGCAGUGGCAUUUGCUGCUUGGGAUGAUGAUGAGCCGUGGGGUCCGUGGACUGGAAAUGGGACCCUCUGGCUGCCUGCAGUGCAGCCCUUCCAGGAGGGCACCUAUCUGGCCACUGUACACCUGCCAUACCUGCAAGGGCAGGUCGCUCUGGAGCUUGCUGUACAGAAGCCACCCAAAGUAUCCCUGACACCGGCACCUCUUGUAUGGGCUACCCGGGGGGAGGCACCCCCCCAGUUGCAAUGCCUCGUGUCCCACUUCUAUCCCUCUGAGGGUCUGGAAGUGGAGUGGGAGCUCCGAGGUGGCCCAGAGGGCAGCUUUCAGAAGGCUGAGGGGCAGAAGUGGCUCUCUGCCCUGCUCCACCACUCAGACGGCACCGUCAGCCUCUCCGCGCACCUGCAGCCGGUCCCCGUAACUGCCGAGCAUCAUGGGGCACGCUAUGCCUGUCGUGUCCACCACCCCACCCUGCCGGCCUUGGGGCGCAGCGCAGAGGUCACCCUGGAGGUGGCAGGUAAGAGCCAGGAGGAGGAUGGAGUUGGACUGAUCAUGAGCAUUUCACGUCACUUCCUAAAAUCCGGCAUUCCUCACCUCCUUUUUAUUUCUCUUCCAGAAAGCCCAGUGAGAACACUCACCACCAUCCUGGGGAAGCCGCCGUCAUCUCUGGUUUGAGCUACUGUACUAGCUCCACCAAAUAGUACACCAUCAUCUGCUCAUGCUCCCUCCAACCUCUCUCUCUCCAAGGAGCGGCUGGAAUGCUUUUUUUAAAGGACACAAAUCUAUAGCAUUUCCCUUCUUAGAGCUCUAAGGCAGUGGUUCUCGAUUUUUGUUGUUGUUGUUUUUCAUCCCUGGACCACUUAAAAACGGUCAGGAACUCUAAAGAACCUUUGCUUAUGUGGGUUAUAAACUAGAUAUUAAUGAUACUAGAACUUAAAACUGAGAAAAAUUUAACACAAGAACACAUAAGCACGCAUUCCAUUAGCUGUGAGAACGAUGAGGUCAAUACUCAGCUGCUGGAAAACUCCACAGUACAUUGUUUUUAGAGAAUGAGAAUGAAAAAGGCAAGUAACAUCUUAGUAUUGUUAUGAAUAGCCUUAAUUUCAUAAACCCACUGAAACAGUCUCCAGGACCACUGGGACAGGCGUCACAUUGGGGAACCAGUGCUCUAGAAGCUAAAUCCGUUCUUGUCCUGGCCUGUGCAUCUCCCACGUUGGAGCCACUGCUUGCCUCUUCAACCCCACCUCUGCCCUCCAGCCCUCCCCUCAGUGUUCACCACACCGAUGGCUAUUCCUUUUCUCCAACGGCUCCCACCUUCCCUGGUCUGUUCCCUUUGUCUGUUCUGCCCUCGCCUUCUCUGGGCUCCAGGACAGCCUCGUUAUUCCCUCAGACCGCUGCGUGUUCCUCCUGUGCGGUUCAUCAGUUGUAUUUAAGUGAUUGUACGAGUCGUUGUUAAAUGCCUGUCUCCCUUUCCGGACCGUCGGCUCCUCAAAGGCAAGGACGUGCCUGUCUGUCCACUGCUGUGUCCCCGCUGCGGCACAGAGCCGGGCGCCCACUGGAGGGCGCUCAUCAGAAGAAAUUAGUCUUUUUUACAUCCUAAGUAUUGAACAGCAAGCGUUGGGUCAGGUAACUACUGGACGAAGGAAGCGGCGGCUUGGCCUAGGGACGUCCGAGGGGCAGGACAGUCGGCCAGGCCGCUGGAAUAAAGUUAUGCUCUGGUGCUCCCAA